GUCAAGAAUCUCGCGAAGUCCAAUAUAAUUGUUUUUUCUACAGUUCGGUAGGCGCCGGAGUUGGAGCCCUCGCCCAAGCAAGAGAGCGGAGCUUCUCAACGUCUUCACCGCCACAAAGGCACAAAGCCUCGUCGUUUUUCAAGUACCAAAAAAAAAACUAGGAAGGGUCAAAAUUGCGAUGGAGGAUUCGAGAGUUUUAGGCUACGGUAGCGGCGACAAUUCCGACAACCAACAACAACCCGGCCGACGAAUUUACGAUCCCUACAAGGACCUCCAGAUCCCCUACCGCGCCAUAUACGACCUCCCCACAUCGCCGGAAUUCCUCUUCCAGGAAGAGUCUCUUGCCCAGCGCCGCUCCUGGGGCGAGAAUCUCACGUACUUCACAGGCAUCGGCUACCUCAGUGGAGCGGUUGGCGGCGCCUCUGUCGGUCUCUACAAGGGCCUCCGAUCUGCCGAGCCGGGGGAAACCGUAAAGCUCCGCAUCAGCCGCGUCCUCAAUUCUUCCGGUCAGGACGGCCGGAGAUUUGGCAAUAGGCUGGGCGUUAUUGGGCUCCUGUACGCUGGCACGGAGAGCGGCUUGGUCGCAGUAAGGGGCAGUGAUGAUUGGAUCAACAGCGUGGUGGCGGGCCUCGGGACCGGGGCGUUUUUCAAGGCGGCUAAUGGGCCUAGGUCUGCAGCGAUUGCGGGGGCGAUCGGAGGGUUGAUGGUUGGAGCUGCAAUGGCCGGUAAGCAGGUCUUGAAAAGAUACGUGCCCGUCUAGGGUUGGUUCUCGAUUUUCCGCUUUCCGUGCCUCCCUUGGUCACCUCUUACGUAGAAUAUUUUCUUAUAGUGCUGAAUUCCGAAGGCUGUUCGUAGUUAAAAGUCUUAUGCAUCAUUCUUUAGAUCACAUGUAACCAUAAAGACCAGGAAAGAUGAACGAUCCUGAGUCGGAAGAAGUAUAUUUGAAUAAUUGAGACGACAAUUCAAUUGAUUAAUUUACGAUUUUAAUGCGUA